AGUCUCCAUCUGCGUCGCUCGCAAAGCGCUCGAUGCGGCCAUUACGUGCUAUGUGCAGUGCAGAUGCGACCUGCUUAUUCUUCUUCCAAAGUACUGGAAUCGCCAAUCAAGCACGACUGCUCUAGCACGCAAUCGAUACCUAGAUGGCGUUACUUGGUACGACCUCUCAACACCACCUGUCUGUCCAACUUCAACGCCAUUUAGCACAACGACCUAUGUUACAAAGCCGUCUUCAGAACACGGCAAAGCUUAUUCGAACAACGACUAUGGUCCGUAAAGUCGCGGUCAUUGGGGCUGGUGCCAGCGGCGCGGCUACUGCUGCUGCUCUGCACGCCGAGGACGGUUUCGAUACCAUAAAGGUCUUCGAACGUCGAGAAACGGCAGGAGGCACCUGGAUCUACGAUGCAGAUCCUGAUGAUAUACCGAUCACACCCGGCGCUUUACCACCUGAGAUUGAUCAGCCAAUAUCUCCGCCACAGCAGUUCCCGGCGAUCACAGCACCAUCUACACAGAAUCGGUUCGAGAAGACUCCCAUCUAUGAGGAACUGACCACAAACGUGCCAGAUGUGGCGAUGUCCUUCUCCGAUAUGCCAUUUGCAUAUGGACCUUUCGUACCCCACCAUAUUCCAAGGCAGUAUAUUGAAAACUACUUCUCGUGGCAUCAACUUGACAAAUUGCUCCAUACCCGAACGACAGUGGAAAAUGUGCUUGCUAUUGCCAACGAUCGAUGGAAGUUGACUUUACGCAAGCACGACGCAGCGAGACGUGUCGACGAAUGGCGGGAAGAAGAAUUUGAUGCCGUCGUUAUUGCGAACGGUCACUAUGCUGUGCCAUUUGUACCUUAUGUUCCUGGACUUGAUGAUUGGCUAUCGAGGUUUCCAGGUCGUGUCCAACAUUCCAAGACAUAUCGAUCGCCUCGCGUGUACGAAAAUCAACGAGUCUUGGUCAUUGGUAAUUCGGCCAGUGGCUACGAUGUCGCGCAUCAACUCGUUGCAUCGAAGCUGUUGAGAGGGCCGCUGUACGUAUCUCGUCGCUCGAGAGGUCGAUGGGAUGGCAGAGAGCCACCCGACGGCAUGCUCUGGAAACCUGUCAUCACAGAAUUCAGGAAGGAUGGAACCAUUGUUUUCGAAGAUAGCUCAACACUGGAAGACAUCGACCGCGUGAUCUACUGUACAGGCUACCAAGCUUCUUACCCAUUUUGGGACAAGAGGAAUGGGACCCCGAUAUUCGACUACAAAAAUCAGCGCCUUGUCAAUAAUUACCAACAUACUUUCGUACGUGGCCGACCGACUUUGGCGCUCGUUGGAUUUCCACGGGUGCUGACUUUCCGCUCGUUCGAAUAUCAAGCGAUAGCGAUAGCUCGCUUCUGGUCAGGUCACAACGCUUUCUCCAUGCCAUCCAAUGCUGAGCAAAAGAAGUGGGAAGAAAACCGAAUCGAGCUUACAAGAAGGGAGCACAGAAGAUUUCACCAGAUUGACUGGGAUGACGGCGAAACGAUGGAGUGGUUCGAGUGGCUAUAUCGCUUCGCAGGCUUGCCGCAUAUCGAAGGGCACGGCAAACAUCCGCCGAUCUUGAACAGUCAGACCAGAUGGGCAAUUGAGCAUAUCAGGAAGUAUCCCGAACAUGGCGGAGACCAGGAGGCAAUAGGAAUGCAAGGGCUCGAGAUAGCGAGCGAGCGAAAGAAGGAUUCGUUGUGGUUCGUGUAGCCGAUUCGCAGACCCGAUGUUGUGGUCUCGAAUGUUACAGCCCAACGACUUGGUGGUGGCAAUGAGAGGGGAAGUAGAGAGUCGCUUGCGAGCACACCUGCUAGAUUCGACUUCCCGCCUCUCUAUUUCACUCUCGUGUUGCGAUCAGCCCCGUGUCACCAGGCAGACAGGAUCUGUGCUUUGGCACAUUAUUGGAGAUGUCGUCGUCCAAAAGACCGAACUGCCGCUGUUGCUUACGCGAGUCAUGGGCAAAUUGUCUCCACUUUCAUACCCCAAUACA